UUUUGGUCAUAUUUUUCAUUCAUUUAAUUGCGAUCCUCUGUUCCUCCCUACUAUUCUUUUACAUCUUUCGAUCAUGUUACAGAAAAGAUACAGAUUCCUCUUAUACAAUGGAAUAGCUUUCCUUUGAAAUUCAAAAUAUAAAUAAUUUCUUUCACUUCUCCAUCUUUUUUUCCCAUUUCCUUCAUAACAAUUGGGUUUUACUUUUAAUGGAAUCUCUUUUUCUAAUGACGAAAGACUUACAGCUUUUUGCCUUUCGGUCUUCGUCGGUAUUUGUAGUUGUAGCCGACUUUUAGAUCUGUCGGCGUUUUCUUCCACUUUUCUUUUAGGAAAUUAGGAGAAAAGGGUCCCUUUUGAUUUGAUGAUCAGCUUCUGAAAUCAAUCUUCAUUUGGUGUGUUGUUUUUCGGAAGAACAGUUUUGAGCUUUUUGCUGUAUCUUGGACAUCGUUGCCAGAGGAUUGGUAUUUCUUCUUGACAAUUGGCGUUCUCUUGGUUUUGUCCUUUGGGGGGCCUUGCUUGAUUGCCCCAUAGAUUGUGCUGGGCAUGGCUGCAAGUGGGGCUUCAUCUGUUAAAGUACAGAGGUGUUCUAGAGGGUUCAGAACUGUUUUGGCUUCUGCUGUUCUUGAAUGGCUGCUGAUUUUUCUCUUAUUCAUUGAUGCAAUUUUCUCCUAUUUGGUGACCAAAUUUUCUCGGUAUUGUAAAUUGCAAAUCCCAUGUCUGUUAUGCUCGAGGCUUGAUCAUGUCAUAGGUGACGAGAAGCCAGGAUUCUAUAGAAAUUUAAUAUGUGGUGCCCAUAAGUUGGAGAUCUCAUCAUUGGUUCUUUGUCAUAGUCAUGAUAAGCUAGCUGAUGUUCAUGGAAUGUGUGAAAUUUGCCUCUUCUCCUUUGCUACACAGAACAAAUCCAAUGCUGAAACAUACAGGUUGCUGGUGGGUAAAUUGGGAAUGGGUCCUGAACACAGUGUCGAUGAGGAUCCCCUUCUCAAUGAUCCUACUCCUGAUUCUUUUAGGACAAGGCCCUGUUCAUGUUGCAACAACCCAUGGACGAUGCGAUCAGCAGCCAGUAGGUUUCUCCAUACCAAAUUGAUUGCACCUGAGCUUGGAGAACUCAAUGUUCCUUCCUUGGGUCCUCAAGAAAAUGGCAAGUUUCCAUACCAGGGUGGUAUGCAGAAGAGAAGGGAUAAACCAUCUGGGUUGCUGAGAGCUUCGCAUCAGGCUAGUCGCAGUAUUGAUCCUUUAUCUUAUAUUGGGUACACUGAGCUGAAGAUCACAUCUGAUACUGAGUCGGAAGUCCCAUUAUCUGAUGAAGAUGAUGCAAGUGCUCUGGAUUGUGAACCAGAUGAUCUCAACGAAGAUUUAAUAUCUCAAUAUGUGCAACUGGAGACUCAUCCAAGUAGUCCAGAGAUUUUACCUAAGAAUAUGACAGAUGAUUUGACCCUGGAGAAGAUGAUCCAUGAAACUUCUACAUCCGAGCAUUCAGUUUUAAUUCCACACAUUCAACUUGAAGUAGACAAGCCCCAUGGUGUGACAUCUUCUGCAACUGACGUUGCUAUUGGGCAUGGAUUGGAGGAGCUUAACUGGCACCAAGUUGAACAGAGAGUCAACCCUUCUGUACCAUGUGAACUUAUCUCACUAGAUGACAUUCCUGCAUCAACCUGUGUCAAAGAAGCUCCUGUUGAAGUACUGGGAGACAACUUAGAAGAUAUGGGAACUUCUGAUACUGGGCACACUAUCACAGAAUGUGGGGAAGUCUGUAAACCAGAAAGUGUGUCAACCAUGACAUUUGGAUUGGAGUUGAAAACAGGCGAGGUUUCAAAAGCCAUGGGAGCUCCUGUUGAAGUACUUGUGGACAACUUGGAAGCUAUGGGAACUUCUGAUACUGGGCACACUUCUUUCACAGAAAGUGGGGAAGUCUGUAAACCAGGAAAUGGGUCAACCAUGACAUCUGGAUUGGAGUUGACAACGGGCGAGGUCUCAAGUGCCACAGGAGCUCCUGUUGAAAUACUAGUCGACAACUUGGAAGCUAUGGGAACUUCUGACACUGGGCACACUUCUUUCACAGAAAGUGGGGAAGUCUGUAACCCUGGUGGUGGAUCAACCAUGACAUUUGGAUUGGAGUUGAAAACAGGCCAGGUUUCAAGUGAUUACGGUCCAUUAUUGCCCAAUUCUCUUUCUGAUGCAUACAAGUUAGCUGUGGGUAACAAGGGAAGUCAAGCAUCUGCUCAGCUUGCAGAACAACUUAGCGGGAUGGAUAGUGCAAGAGUUAGUGAGGAUCUCAAGCUGUUUUUGUCACAACUAUCUUCUGCCCGAGGGCUUGAGUUGUCAGUGAAUGAUAUGAGUCCCAAGGUGCAUGGAAAUGGUGAUGAAUUAAAGAUUUCUGAUUCUUCCAGCUCUGGAGUGCAGAAACUUCAAAGGAAGAUCUCACUUGAGAGGAAUGAAUCUGGGAUGGAUAGUGCAAGAGUUAGUGAAGAUCUCAAGCUGUUGUUAUCACAACAAUCUUCUGCCCGAGGGCUUGAGUUGUCAGUGAAUGAUAUGAGUCCCAAGGUGCAUGGAAAUGGUGAUGAAUUAAAGAUUUCUGAUUCUUCCAGCUCUGGAGUGCAGAUACUUCAAAGGAAGAUCUCACUUGAGAGGAAUGAAUCUGGGUUUGAGUCUUUGGAUGGAAGCAUUGUCAGCGAAAUUGAAGGUGAAAGUGUGGUUGACCGGUUGAAACGACAAGUUGAGUAUGACCGUAAAUCAAUGAGUGCUUUGUACAAGGAAUUGGAGGAAGAAAGAAAUGCUGCUUCUAUUGCUGCAAAUCAGGCACUUGCUAUGAUUACUAGGUUGCAAGAGGAGAAGGCAGCACUCCAUAUGGAAGCCUUGCAAUACCUACGAAUGAUGGAAGAACAAGCAGAGUAUGAUGUAGAAGCAUUACAAAAGGCAAACGAUCUGCUUGCUGAAAGGGAAAAAGAGAUACAAGAUCUGGAAGCAGAGCUUGAAUUUUACAGGGAAAAAUUCUCGGAUGAAUCAAUGUUGGAGAAAGUACAGGAGGCAACAUCUGAUAUGAGGGGCGUGGACAUGAGAGUGGAGCAUUCAGAGCCGAGUGGCAUUGAAACUGAUGCCAAUAUUCCUUGUUACUCUCCAACUACUAAAGAGUCAGAAAGCAAUGAUAAACCUGAAGGAACUAAUGAUUUGAACAUUUCAAAGAAAUCAGUAUUAGACUUGGAAGAUGAAAGGUUAUAUAUAUCACAAUGUUUGAAGAAGUUGGAAAAGAGGCUGCAUCUAUUUUCUGAUAAUUGGGUUUAUGUGGACUUGUCUAAUGGUGUGUAUUCUGGGAGGGACACACAGGAAGUUCAUGAUUUGGAAGAGACUCGUCAAAAUGAAUUAGGUCAAGAAACUAAUGAUUUGGUGGACGGAAAAUUUUCGGUUCAAAAGAGUGCGUUGCUACCUAAAGGAAACUCUCCUGCAGAAGAAACCGUUGGGAACUCUCUUUCUGAUGAUAAAGAAAAUGAUCAUGUUACUUGUGAUAGGGCGGGCUCCACCAUGGAUGGUGGAGUGUAUGGUUUGGAAUCUGUAGGGAGUGAAGUUUCAGACCUGAAUGAGAGGUUAGCGGCACUGGAGGCUGACAAGAAUUUUCUUGAGCAUGCUAUUAAUUAUCUUGGGAAUGGGGAUGAAGGAUUAAAAUUUAUUCGAGAGAUAGCUCAGCACCUAUGUGAACUACGGAAGAUAGGAAUAAGGAGAAGAGAGCAAGUUAUUGCUUGAGGUUUUGUCAUGGUGACCAAAAGGUAAACAAGGAAUUCAAACUUUGGAAAACAGAGAGUCAACUAAAUUAUCAGUCAACACUUGGAUGAAUAGGGAGGGUGCAUUCCAAGAGAUCCCUUACUACGUUCUGUCAAGAAUUGCAUGUACAGUAUUACCAGCUUGAUUGCUACUCCUACGAGCUGACAUUUCUCAUUUUCUUUUUCUUGGCUUCUUCUUUUUUUUCUUUUUUUUUUGUUUGGGCGGCUGAUAGGCUUGUUCUUCUUUUUUAUAUGUUUUGUAUUCUAUAUUGGCCUUCCAUAGGGUUUUUUUUCUGGGUUGGGGGAGUGGGUUGGCCAGAAAAAGGAUAAAUUGUACGAGGGGUUGAUUUUUUGUGUGUAAAGAUAAUUUAUUGUUCUAUUUCAUAAGGUUGGGUUCAAUUAGCCAACCUACUAUUUGAUGUGAA